AUGGCAACAAAAUAUCAGCAGGAUUACAUUGAGUUUCGUUUGAAUACUGCUCUCCUGUUUGCUUCUGGAAUGGGUUUGGCAAACGUUUGCAACACACUAAUAUGUUUAGGUGCAAAUGUCAAUGCAAAAACUAAGUUUGGCAGGACACCUUUACAUAUCGCUGCAGCUCAUUUAUCAUCAGGAGAAAUAAUUACAGAUCUUGUCAAUCGUGGCGCUGAUAUAAAAACGAAAGAUAUUUUUGGAGAAACUGCAUUAGAUAUAGCUCGGCGAUAUGGUAAUCAUCAUGUAAUUAAACAAAUACUACAACUUGGUUGGUUACAAAGAUGUAAAUCUGCAAAACCACAAUAUUCGAACAUACCGCUACGUGCUUUUCAAAUGUGUGAUUCAGCGUAUCCGAAAUGGCGUCGAAAUCUUAAUGGUCAAAUUUAUUUACAAAAACUUACACCAAGAGGUGAAUAUCUUGGAUCAAGACUGGAUGCACCAAAAUGGAAUUGGCCUAAAUUAGAAUUGGUAUUAACUAGAAAACAGAUGUAUCUUGAAACAAGAUCAACUGGUAAUCGUAUCAAAUCUGCCUUACCUUUUUCAUAUGCGAAAUAA